AUGGCCUUGGCAGACAAUGCAAGUUGUGCCAAACCCAGCGACGACAUGGUUUUCCCAGAGAUCAUAGAGCUGAAUGUGGGAGGACAGGUCUACAUCACCCGCCACAACACCCUGACCAGUAUCCCGGGAUCAUUGCUCUGGGAAAUGUUCACGCAGAAGAAUAUUCGUUCCUUAGCUCGGGACAAUAAGGGGAGGUUCUUUGUGGACCGUGAUGGCUUCCUGUUCCGCUACAUCUUGGACUAUAUGAGGGACCAGCAGCUGGUGCUUCCUGAGCACUUUCCAGAGCGAAGCCGUUUGCAGCGAGAAGCAGAGUACUUCAAGUUGCCGGAGUUGGUCAAGACCCUUGCCCCAAAGCUUAGCAAGCAGAACUCCAUUGGGGAUGAGCCCUGUCAAAGUGACUCGGAGGAGCUGUCUCCUAGUAUGGACACUGCCCGCAACUUGGCAGCCGCCAGUGCCAUCCUGGCAAGUGGCCCUGGAGGCUCCUUCACAGCCACUGCUGGCGGCGGCACCGGGCAAGAUAUCCGGAGAUCAGGCUUCAUCACCAUUGGCUACCGGGGCUCCUACACGCUUGGCAGAGACAGCCAAACAGAUGCCAAAUUCCGCAGGGUGGCCAGGAUCAUGGUGUGUGGUAAGACCUCCCUGGCCAAGGAAGUCUUUGGGGAGACACUGAAUGAGAGCAGGGACCCUGACCGGCCUCCAGAGCGUUACACCUCCAGGUACUACCUCAAAUUCACCUUCCUGGAGCAAGCCUUUGACAAACUGGCUGACUCUGGCUUCCACAUGGUAGCCUGCAAUUCCACAGGGACCUGCGCCUUUGCCCACGAACAGACGGAUGACAAGAUCUGGACCUCUUACACCGAAUAUGUUUUCUACCGUGAGUGAUGUUUAAACCAAAUCCAAACCAAAUUGCACCAAAAGCCAAUUCUCCCUCAGUCCUUCCCAUGCCGCCGUUUCUUUAGAACGUAGACAGCCAUCAGAACCCUUGAACCUUGAAUCUCCUCUCCUUCCUCACUUUCCAAACUGAACCCUCUUUGGCUCCUCCCUGAACUGGUUCCUGAGUCAUGCCGAACCUUCUUUCCAGCAAUAGCUGACUGUAGCUAGCAAGAUCCCCUGGAUCAUGGACUUGGACACUGUUGUUGGGGGGGGGGGCGGGAAUGUCUUUGUAUUUGGGGUAGGGUUGGGUAAUCUGCCAGUAUUAAUCAGCAAUGCAGCAUUUCAUGGGGUGCUGCUGGAAUGAGAUUUCUUUCCAUGCUACAGGCAUGCUCCUUGCUCUUUGCUCUGCCUUUGCUGGAGGAAUAUGCUUAUUAUACUUGCACUAAGGGAAUGUGGCAGGGAUCCUGGUCUGAAGGAUCCUGGUCUGGCGGAGGGAUGAAAAGGGCAAAGGAAGCCUCCCUGCCACAGACAUAUUAACAAUAGCCUCUGUAAGCAGCUUAGCAUUUAGACUGCCAGUGCUUUGAAAGGUGAGUGAGCAAGUGUGUGUCCCAUGUCAAUUGCAUCCCCCACUCGAAACGGCUGAAUUGAAAACGUUGCUGUGGCUUCGAGGGCUGAACUGGGUGAAUGACCCUGAGGUGGUCUAGGAACCUGGGUUUCUGUCAAGCGCCUCUGAGACUGUGCCUGGAGGAGAUGUAGCCCAUAGCCCUUCUCUCCCCUGUCCCUUCUCCCACUCACUUCCCUUCCAUUGGUCACCUCUCUUCCUGCUACACAAACACAUGUCUGGGAAUCCUGGCCUGGGGAAAGCAGCUGGAGAAGAGGUGUGUUACCCUUCCCUUCUGCUUCUCCCUCCCCCCCCCCCCCGAUGGUUUAGAGGUUGUUGAGAUCCGGGAGUCUCAGCUUCUGACAAAUGUCUACUGGGGCUUUGUUUUUACUGUUGUUCUUCUCAGACAGGUGUAGCAAGAUGGGGUUUGUGGGUAGGCACUGAUGUGCAUUUGUAAUUCCAAACACACAGUGAGUGUAUAUGUACCAAGGGUGGGCAAGGGUGGGCUGGGACCAGAGGUUUCCAUGAGAGCCUCACACAGAAGAUAUAAUGGUAGUUCCUUAGGAAAGUUCCCCAUCCAGUUUGUCAUUGUCUUUCCUUCACUUAGAGUAGGAAGAAAAGGCCAUAGAGAGAUGCAGAACAUCCUGGUUCGUCCAAGGAUUUUUGCAGCUAGCAGUGGCCUUUUGUGUCCAGAGCAAUGGGUUCUUUUAUUCACAGAUGCAAAAGGAAAAAAAAAGCAAUGUACAGGAACAAAUUAUUGAACUUGGAUGGUAACAUAUGCAGAGCCUCUUUUCAAGCAUAUAGCACAGCACCAAGUGUUUAUGGGCCUGGGGGGGGUUAUCUGGUUGGCUGGUGGGCACUUUAGCAGGCCUGGGACCAUGUGUAAUAAAGGAACAAAUGAGA